GACGCAGACGUUGCGCGGGAGCGCCUGCUUUUUUUUUGUUUCAGUUUGGGAAAAAAAAACCAAAACAUUUUGGAGGAAUGCUGCAAGUAUGAGAGGACACUUGGACACUGUGGAAUUUUAAAGGAGUCUCUCCCACGCGCGAGAAAGAAAGAGAAAAAGUGGCUGUGGGGGGGACUUUAUAUCCAGCAUGCGGCACCCGUGGCGCCUUCCCACCCGGAGUGUGACUUGGGAAUACUGGACGUGGACGCUGGCGUGUCUCUUGUGGAUUCGACACUCGCACGGGAUGCCCCACGUCAUCCGAAUAGGUGGGAUUUUCGAGCAAACAGAUGGGCCCGUUUCGCUGGUCAGCCCCGAGGAGCUAGCUUUUAAAUUUGCCGUCAAUAACAUCAACAGGAACAGGACGUUAUUGCCCAACACCACGCUGACAUAUGACAUACAGAGGAUUAACAUCUACGACAGCUUCGAGGCGUCCAGAAAGGCAUGCGACCAGCUGUCUCUGGGCGUGGUGGCCAUCUUCGGCCCGUCACAUAGUUCCUCCUCCAACGCCGUGCAGUCCAUCUGCAAUGCGCUGGAAGUGCCGCACGUGCAAGUGCGGUGGAAGCACCACCCCAUGGACAACAGGGACUCCUUUUACGCCAACUUGUACCCGGACUACUCGUCGCUGAGCUACGCCAUCCUGGACCUGGUGCAGUAUCUCAAAUGGAAGACCGCCACGGUGGUUUACGACGACAGCACAGGCCUUAUCAGACUGCAGGAACUGAUAAUGGCGCCGUCUCGGUACAACAUCAGGCUGAAGAUCCGACAGCUGCCCAUCGACACGCAGGACACCAGACCCCUCCUCAAGGAGAUGAAACGCAGCCGGGAAUUCCGCAUCAUCUUCGACUGCAGCCACCAGAUGGCCGCGCAGAUCCUCAAGCAGUCCCACUGGGAAGGACUGACUGGGAGGCUGUCCUUCAACAAGACGACUGGUCUGCGUACCGACUUCGACCUGGACAUCAUCAGCCUGAAGGAGGAUGGACUAGAAAAGGUCGGGAAGUGGAGUGUGUCGGGAGGCCUCAACAUCUCAGAAGUGUCCAAGCGAAAAGGGAUGAACAUCACAGAUUCCCUGGCGAACCGCUCCCUCGUCAUCACCACCAUCCUGGAGGAGCCAUACGUCAUGCUUAAGAAGUCCGACAAGGCGCUGGCCGGCAACGACCGCUUCGAAGGCUUCUGUAUCGACCUGCUGAAGGAGCUGGCCACCGUCCUGGGCUUCACCUACGAGAUCCGGCUGGUGCCCGACGGGAAGUACGGCUCUCAGGACGACAAGGGCCAGUGGAACGGCAUGAUACGGGAACUCAUCGAACACAGGGCAGACCUGUCCGUGGCCCCCCUCACCAUCACCUACAUGCGGGAGAAGGUGGUGGACUUCACCAAGCCCUUCUUGAGCAUGGGCAUCAGCAUCCUGUACCGCAAGCCCAACUCCACCAACAACGGCUUCUUCUCCUUCCUCAACCCCAUGACCCCCGACAUUUGGAUCUACAUCCUGCUGGCCUACCUGGGGGUCAGCUGCGUCCUCUUUGUCAUCGCAAGGUUCAGCCCGUACGAGUGGUACGACGCCCACCCCUGCAACCCGGGAUCAGACGUGGUGGAGAACAACUUCACGCUCCUGAACAGCUUCUGGUUUGGUGUGGGCUCCUUGAUGCAACAAGGCUCCGAACUGAUGCCCAAAGCCCUGUCCACCAGGAUCAUCGGCGGGAUCUGGUGGUUCUUCACGCUCAUCAUCAUCUCGUCCUACACGGCCAACCUGGCGGCGUUCCUCACCGUGGAGAGGAUGGACUCGGCGGUGGACUCGGCAGACGACAUCGCCAAGCAGACCAAGAUCGAGUACGGCGUGGUGCGCGACGGAGCAACCAUGUCUUUCUUCAAGAAAUCCAAGGUGUCCACCUUCGAGAAGAUGUGGGCCUUCAUGAGCAGCAAGCCCAGCACCUCGCUGGUCAAGUCCAUCGAGGACGGCAUCCAGCGAGUGCUCAAGUCCGACUACGCGCUCAUCAUGGAGUCCACCACCAUCGACUACAUCACCAGGCGCAACUGUAACCUGACGCAGGUGGGGGGCCUCAUUGACAGCAAAGGAUACGGCAUCGGCACCCCCCUCGGCUCGCCGUACAGGGACAAAAUCUCCAUCGCCAUCCUGAACAUCGUGGAGGACGGACGCCUACACAUGCUGAAGGAGAAGUGGUGGAGUGGGAGCAGCUGCUCGGAUGACGAGCGCAGAGAGACGGGCCCCAUGGGCAUCCAGAACCUCGGUGGCAUAUUUAUCGUGCUGGCAUCUGGCCUGCUGCUCUCCGUCUUCGUGGCCGUCGCCGAAUUUGUCUACAAGCUGAGGAAGACGGCGGAGCGGGAGCAGGUCUAUGUGCAGUGCCAUGGCGGACGAGAUCAGACUGUCGUUCACCUGCGAGAGGCGGGCGAAACACAGGCCGCCGCCCCCGGCCGCGGCGAAGACGGAUGCGGUGAUCAACAUGCACGCCUACAACGACCGCCGUCUCCCCGGAAAGGACAGCCUGAGCUGCAGCGCUGGGAUGACCCCCGUCUUUCCAUGACCCUGUGCUCCCCGCAGGGCAAGGGCCUCAUGAGCAACGUGUCGGGGGCGGUGCCCGAGACCAGAGACAACGGCAUCGACGGGAUCCUCCGGUUCACCAUGAACCACAGUGACAUGGGGACGCUGACCAAACACGGGCAACUCAAAAUGGCGGCGUCGGCGACGCAGGUAUGACGACGCCACCCGCAAAAAGACAUCAUCCCGCGGGGGGGG